CUCAGUUGGUGCUAAAGGAUGUGAUGAAGGUCAAAGGUCAGGUCAGCGAGGUUGCUGCACUCCUGCUUGACCCUGAGCCACAUAUUGACAACCUUGCAGUCAACUUUUUCAAUGAACUCGCUGCAAAGGAUAAUGCCAUCUAUAAUCUGCUGCCAGACAUUAUAAGUAGGCUGUCCGAUCCAGAGAGAGGAAUGAAAGAGGAGGACUUCAGCACUGUUAUGAAGCAACUGUUUUCCUAUAUAACUAAGGAGAGGCAGACGGAGAGCUUGGUGGAGAAGCUCUGUCAGCGUUUCAGAACUGCAAAGACCGAGCGGCAGUGGGCAGAUAUUGCUGUAUCUCUGUCGCUGCUCUCCAUGUGUGAGCGAGGCUUCAAGAAGCUACAGGAGUGCUGGGAGUGUUACAGUGAUAAACUUACAGAGGAUGCGGUUUACCAACCUCUGCUCUCCAUCUUGGCCAAACUCCGCCGCAGAGCCGAGCCCCAGUUUAAAGUACGUUACACUCCACACAAGGAUGUAGGCAUAUUCAUAACUUUUCUCAUGCCCUCCCAAAAAUCCCUAACUUUGGUACUCAAGUACUGCAGGGUUGCCAUUAAACACCUCCGUAAGGAUGGCUCGGACCUGUACAUCACCGUUGUAAGUAACCUUACUUGA